AAUCACAACAAGUACACAAAUAACUCAAACUGCUUCACAUACUCAUUUGCAAACACAAUGGUCCCUUCGGCCCCUGCUAAAAUACUCAUAGGCAUCUCCACAGACCCAAAUGAUAGCCAAGAGUUGCUCUCAUGGGCAAUCAAAGUUCUAGCUCAUCCAAAUGAUACCAUUGCUGCCAUACAUGUUCUUGUUGGGGAGGAGAGGAAGAAGCGCGAUUUAGUGGCGAAAAAGCAAUCACAGCUUCGUCGAGCAAAAGCCUAUGUGAUAUCUGUGCUUGGAGAAUUUGCCAGGGCUUGCCAAUCUAAGCAGGUUAAUUUGGAAGCUAAAGUAAUUUUUAGCUCCAGCAUUGGAAAAGGUCUAAUUGUGGAAACAAAAUCAAUUUCAGCAGACUAUCUUCUUCUUUGUGGCUCAAGAAACCAAUCAACUAGAACUCCAUCCAUUACAAAAUAUUGCUUCAAGCAUGCCCCAGAUAGCUGCUCACUGGUUUUAUUUGGGAAGUCUAAGCAACCUCAAGAAAAUUCAGAUUCACAUUCUACAGACUCAAAAGAAAACGAUCAACCGAGUCCAAUUCAUAGUGGCAGAACUACAUCCUCUUCUAAAAAGCAAACUGUCCAAGAAACAAGGAGUAGAAAUCCUUCACCAAGAACUGUUCUAGGUGAAUUUGAAGCAGAAUCUCAGAGCACAGAAGAUUAUAGCGGCAGCUAUGGGGACUCUGCCCUCACAGAGUCCCCUUCUCUGGCUAGGGACUCUGCCCUCACAGAGUCCCCUUCUCUGGCUCCUCCCAUGUUCAAGAGCCAAAUAAAAAUAAGGAAGCGAGGACUGUCACCUUGCAGAAUUAUUACUUCUUUUUUAGGUUCACCAUUCAGAAAAAGAACUGGCAGUUUAUCCAACAACGAAAAGCGGUUACCUUUGUUGAAGUGCUUCAGCUACGGGGAGAUCAUGGCUGCUACAAAUAGCUUUCACCCAGAUAAUAUAGUAGGUCGAGGUGGAUAUUCAGAAGUGUAUAAGGGUGACCUUUCUGAUGGACGAACCAUUGCGGUUAAGAUGUUGGCCAAGGACAGCAAGGAUGCUAACAAGGAAAAAGAGUUCCUCAUGGAAUUGGGUGUAAUUUUACACGUCUGUCAUCCUAAUACUGCUAACUUAGUCGGUUGCUGCAUUGAAAAUGGACUCUACCUGAUUUUCGAUUUCUCACAAAAUGGAAAUUUGUCAUCUGCUCUGCAUGGGAGAUCUUGCGAGUCACUUUCGUGGCCAAUCAGAUACAAGAUUGCCAUUGGAGUUGCAGAGGGUCUGAAUUAUCUACAUAAAUGUUGCAAGCACCGAAUAAUACAUCGAGACAUAAAAGCCUCAAAUGUCCUUCUAGGACCGGAUUAUGAACCACAGAUUACAGACUUUGGACUAGCAAAGUGGCUUCCUAACAAAUGGACUCACCAUGCUGUGAUUCCAAUUGAGGGUACAUUUGGAUACUUAGCACCAGAGUACUUCAUGCAUGGAAUUGUGGAUGAAAAAAUAGAUGUUUUUGCAUUUGGGGUUCUUCUUCUCGAAAUUGUAACUGGAAGAAAGCCCGUGGAUUCAUCAAAGCAAAACCUUCUCCUCUGGGCAAAGCCUCUUAUGGAAUCAGGGGACAUAGAAAAACUAGCUGAUCCAGAACUGGAAGGAAAAUAUGAUGCAGAACAACUACACAGAGUAGUGCUUGCAGCUUCGUGUUGCGUGAGACAAUCCUCGGUAUGGCGUCCGCCAAUGAGUGAGGUGUUGGAGCUUCUAACCCAUGGCCAUAACUCAGAGGUUGCAAAAAGCUGGAUCCCUAAGUUUUCAUCAGAUGAGUUGGAUGAUUACUCCAUGGUUUUUGGAUAUGAUGUUCCAGUAGAUAUUGAUUUGGAGGACUACUUAUAA